ACUUGCACUAAUUCACCAAAGAUACCACACACCAAUUACUUAAACGAUGGAUAUCUCCAAGCCAGUAGGAUCGGAGAUUGUUUCUGUUGAUUUCGGGGUAUUGUCGGAUGGUGAGAUUCGAAAAUUAUCCGCCAAACAAAUCACUAAUCCAACAGUAUUUGAUAAUUUAGGACAUCCAAUUAAUUCCGGUCUUUAUGAUUUAGCUCUUGGAGCAUUUCUUAGAAAUGUUUGUACAACUUGUGGAUUAGAUGAGAAAUUUUGUCCUGGACAUUUAGGACAUAUUGAAUUACCUGUUCCAGUUUAUAAUCCAUUAUUUUUUAAUCAAUUAUAUAUAUUUUUAAGAUCCUCAUGUCUCUUUUGUCAUAAAUUUAAAUUAAAUGCUGUUGAAGUUCAUAAAUAUCAAUGUAAAUUAAAAUUAAUUCAAUAUGGAUUAUUAUUAGAAUGUGUGGAAUUAGAAAAUAUGUUGGCUAAUGGAGGAAUUUCCAGUAAUGAUGAAGAAGAUGAAGCAGACACUAAUAAUAAUUUAGAUCAUAAAGCUAAACAAGAAUUAAUUGAACGUCGAGAAUUAUUUGUUAAUACAUCUAUUGCUAAAGCACUUAGUGAAGGUAGAGCUAGUGAACAAGGGAUUGUUACUGCUACUGUUGGAGAAGAAAGAAAAGCCACCAUUCAUGAAUUUUAUAAAAGAUUAUUAAGUAGACCAAGAUGUGAUAAUUGUGGAAUGUAUUCUCCUAGUUUUAGAAAGGAUGGAUUUACUAAAAUUUUUGAAAAUUCUUUAACUGAUAAACAAAUUACUAAUAAUCGAGUUAAAGGUUUACAACGUCCAGAUAUGAUUAAAAAUAAUUCUGGAACAAAUAAAUCAUCUGGUGAAAGUAUGCCAAAUAUUAAACAUAAGGGAGGAUCUAAAUAUGUUUUAUCAACUGAAGUAAGAAAUAUUUUAAGAUCAGUAUUUGAAAAUGAACAACCAAUUAUUCAAAAAGUAUUCCAUUCCAGACCUUAUCAACAUGAAAUUAUUAGAGGAGAUAUUUUCUUUAGACAAUCAUUAUUAGUUCCACCAACCAGAUUUAGAUUACCAUCUAAAUUAGGCGAUGAAAUUCAUGAAAAUUCUCAAAAUGAAUUAUUGUCAAAUAUUUUAAAAACUGCAUUAUCUAUAAGAGAUUUAAAUGAUCAAAUUUCUACUAUUAAUCUUGAAAAGGGUAAACUUAGUAUUGAAGAAAGAAAGAUUAUUUUUAAUAGAUUAAUGAAUUCUUUUGUUACAAUUCAAAAUGAUGUUAAUGCAUUUAUUGAUUCUACUAAGAAUCAAAAUGCUCCAGCCGGGAAAGUUCCAACUCCAGGUAUUAAACAAGCUUUAGAAAAGAAAGAAGGAUUAUUUAGAAAACAUAUGAUGGGUAAAAGAGUUAAUUAUGCUGCUCGUUCAGUUAUUUCUCCUGAUCCUAUGUUAGAAACUAAUGAAAUUGGGGUUCCACCAGUAUUUGCCACUAAAUUAACUUAUCCUGAACCCGUCACUGCGUAUAAUGCUGCUGAAUUAAGAAAAGCUGUUAUUAAUGGACCUGAUAAAUGGCCAGGAGCAGUUCAAAUUCAAAAUGAAGAUGGUUCAUUAGUAUCAUUAAUUGGAAUGACAUUAGAACAACGUAAAGCCAUUGCUAAUCAAUUAUUAACUCCAUCAAGUGAUGCCACAGUUAUUAAUAAAAAAGUUUAUAGACAUAUUAAAAAUAAAGAUGUGGUAAUUAUGAAUCGUCAACCAACUUUACAUAAAGCUUCAAUGAUGGGUCAUAAAGUUCGAGUUUUACCAGGAGAAAAGACUUUAAGAUUACAUUAUGCAAAUACUGGAGCUUAUAAUGCCGAUUUUGAUGGAGAUGAAAUGAAUAUGCAUUUCCCACAAAAUGAAAAUGCCAAAGCUGAAGCAUUAAAUUUAGCAAAUACUGAUUCUCAAUAUAUUACUCCAACUUCUGGUUCACCAUUAAGAGGGUUAAUUCAAGAUCAUAUUUCUGCUGGAGUUUGGUUAACAAGUAAAGAUACAUUUUUUAAUCGAGAAAUUUAUCAACAAUUAAUUUAUGGAUGUAUUAGACCUGAAGAUGGUCAUACAACUGGUAAUAAAAUUAUUACUGUACCUCCAACUAUAUUUAAACCUGAACCAUUAUGGACUGGGAAACAAAUUAUUACUACUAUUUUAUUAAAUAUUAAACCAGAAAAUGUUCCUGGUAUUAAUUUAAUAUCUAAGAAUAAAGUUAAGAGUGAAUAUUGGGGUAAAGGAUCUAAUGAAAAUGAAGUAUUAUUUAAAAAUGGUGAAUUAUUAAGUGGUAUUUUAGAUAAAUCUCAAUAUGGUGCCACUCAAUUUGGUAUUGUUCAUUCUUUACAUGAAGUUUAUGGACCAUCAGUUGCUGGUAAAGCUUUAAGUAUUUUAGGUAGAUUAUUUACAAAUUAUAUUAUGAUGACAGCUUUUACUUGUGGUAUGGAUGAUUUAAGAUUAACUUCCGAAGGUAAUGAAUGGAGAAACGAUAUUUUAAAACAAUCAGUUGAUAUUGGUAGAGUAGCUGCAACUGAAGUUACUAAUUUAGAUUCAAAGACAACUUCAAAUAAUGAUAAAGAAUUAUUAAGACGUUUAGAAGAAAUUUUAAGAGAUGAUAAUAAAUUAGGAAUUUUAGAUGCUAUAACUCAAUCUAAAGUUAAUACAAUUACAUCUCAAGUUGUAUCUAAAUGUGUUCCUGAUGGUACUAUGAAAAAAUUCCCUUAUAAUUCUAUGCAAGCUAUGGCAUUAUCUGGUGCUAAAGGUUCUAAUGUUAAUGUUUCACAAAUUAUGUGUUUAUUAGGUCAACAAGCUUUAGAAGGUAGAAGAGUUCCAGUUAUGGUCUCCGGUAAAACUUUACCAUCUUUUAAACCAUUUGAAACUGAUGCCAGAGCUGGUGGUUAUAUUAAACAACGAUUCUAUUCUGGUAUUAGACCUCAAGAAUAUUAUUUCCAUUGUAUGGCAGGUCGUGAAGGAUUAAUUGAUACUGCUGUUAAAACUUCAAGAUCAGGUUAUUUACAACGUUGUUUAACUAAACAAUUAGAAGGAGUACAUGUUAGUUAUGAUAAUUCAGUUAGAGAUGCUAAUGGUACAUUAAUUCAAUUCUUAUAUGGUGGAGAUGCUAUAGAUACAACUAAACAAUCUCAUAUGCAUCAAUUUGAAUUUUGUGCAGAAAAUUAUGAUGCAUUAUUAGCUAAAUAUAAUCCAGGUGAUUUAACUCAUCAUUUGGAUACUGAAACGGCUUUACAUUAUUCUAAAAAAGUUCGUAAGAAUUUAAAGAAACAAUCUAAAUUAGAUCAUUAUGAUCAAAAUAUUAAAUAUGAUCCAGUAUUAAAUGUUUAUAAUCCAAGUAAAUAUUUAGGAUCAGUUUCCGAAAAAUUCCAAGAUAAAUUGGAUGAAUUCGUUAAGAAUAAACCAGAAACUUUUGCUAGAAGUAAAGAAGAAGCUAAAUCAACCGGUAAAUUAACUGAAAAGAAAUUUAGAGCUUUAAUGCAAUUGAAAUAUAUGAGAUCUUUAGUUAAUCCUGGUGAAGCUGUGGGUAUUAUUGCAUCUCAAUCUAUUGGAGAACCAUCAACACAAAUGACAUUAAAUACUUUCCAUUUUGCUGGUCAUGGUGCUGCAAAUGUUACAUUAGGUAUUCCUCGUAUGAGAGAAAUUAUUAUGACAGCUUCUGCUGCUAUUAAAACUCCUCAAAUGACUUUACCAAUUUUAAAUGAUGUUAAUGAUGAACAAGCUGAUGCCUUCUGUAAAUCAGUUGCAAGAGUUGUAUUAUCUGAAUUUAUUGAUAAAGUAACUGUUACAGAAACUACCACAACAUCACAAGAUGGUACUAAUACUAGAUCUUAUGUUAUUAAUUUGAAAUUUUAUACUAAAGAAGAAUAUGAACAUGAAUAUGAUAUUUCUCAAGGUCAUUUAGAAAAUGUUAUAACAAGUACUUUCUUACAUGGAUUAGAAUCUCAAAUUGUUAAAGAAGUUAAAAAACAGAAGAGACCAGAUUCAUUACCAAAGAUUGGUACAUCUGCUGGUAAAACAGAUUUUGAAACUAUUUCUGCUAAGAAUACUGAAUCAUUAGAAGAAGAUGAUGGAGAAAAGACUAGUACCAAACAAGCUGUAUCGUAUGAAGGACCAGAUGAUGAUGAAAUUGAAACUAUGAGAAAAGCAGAAGAAACAAGUGAUGAAGAAAUGAUUGAUGAUUCAGCUUCAGAAACAUCAGAUGAAUCAUCAGAAGAUGAAGAUGAAGAUGAAGAUGAAGAAAUGGAAGAACAAAAACAAGAUAAGAAAGUUUUAUCUAAAUCUGCUAAAGAUCGUCAAGCUGAUGUUAUAACAUCUCAUAAUAUGAUUAGUCAAUUUGAUUUUGAUGAUGAACAUGGUGAAUGGUGUGAAUUCAAAUUAGAAUUGAAUGGUAAUGAAACUCAAAAAUUAUUAAUGGUUAAUAUUGUUGAAGAUUUAUGUCGUAAAGUAGUUGUACGUGAAAUUCCUCAAAUUGGUAGAUGUAUUCAUCCACAACCUGGUUCUGAUGGUAAGAGAAUUUUAACUACUGAAGGAGUUAAUUUUAAAGCUAUGUGGGAACAAGAUGAUUUUAUUAAUGUUAAUAAUAUUACAUCUAAUGAUGUUGCUGCUGUUUUAAAAACUUAUGGGGUUGAAGCUGCUAGAAAUACCAUUGUUCAUGAAAUUUAUAGAGUUUUCGAUACUUAUGGUAUUAGUGUAUCUAGUCGUCAUAUAGAUUUAAUUGGUGAUAUGAUGACAAGAGAAGGUACUUAUUUGGCUUUUAAUAGACAAGGUAUUGAUUCAUCAACUUCUGCAUUUAUGAAAAUGAGUUAUGAAACAACUUGUCAAUUCUUAACUAAAGCUGUUUUAGAUGGUGAAAGAGAAGAUUUGGAUUCUCCAUCGGCUAGAAUUGUUAUGGGUAAAUUAUCAAAUGUUGGUACUGGUUCAUUUGAUCUUUUUGCUCGUAUGCCAAAAGUCUAAUUGUAAUAUAGAGUUUAUAUUCAUAUAAUCAUAAUAAAAAAAAGUUAUAUAUAUAUAUAUAUAUAUAUAUUAUUUGUUCUAAAUGUUAUAAGCAGUUA